AUGGAAUGUUACGUUUUAUUUCGAGAAUUUGAUAAAAGAACAAAAGAUUCUACUCCAAGAUUAGUAAUUAUAGAACAGCCUACUCCAACAACAUAUUUUCGAAAUGAAUCUGAAAUCACAAAUCAUAAACAUGGUUGGAUUAAAAGUGCAAGAGACAACACAAAAGGCCCAACCGUAAAGCUUGUAGGAUGUAACUCGAACGAUGAUGUUCUUAUAACAUGUAAACCAUAUUGCAGGAAUGUUAAUAAUGAAUUUGUAAUUCAUCCAUAUCGAUUGGUGAAACAUAAUAGAACAUCUUUAACUGAUGUUGGAGCUAUGGAUCCCUACGAAUGUGUUGUAACACAUGAGAACGGUUAUGAAGCUGAAAUUCGAGCUUCAAUAAUGAUCCCGUGCAAAGAAUCAUGUUACUUACGAAACGGAUUUGGAAUCACCAAAAAAUUUCGCAGAAAUCAUGAUUGCAAUGUCGUUUUUUUAUGUUUCAACGCAUAUAAAUUUAUAAAUAUGCAAAAAAUGGACCAAAUUGGUGAAAGUGUAUAUUCGGAUGCUAUUUAUAAUCAGAGACAUCCAAACUAAAGAAGACGAAAAAUUGUCAACAUGAAACUAAAAAGUCGCAAAGAAAGAGAACCAACGUAUAAAUUAGUUCGUGAAAUAGACAGAGGCAGCGGUUUUUUCCAAUAUCAAAAAUACUGUAAUCUUUUUUUAAAUUUAAAUUUUGGAAAAUAUUCGCAAUUGAUUGUAUAAAUAAAAUUAUUUAAUUAGUUAUUGAACGAAAUUCUUAUUCAAAACAAGAAAAUCGGGACUCAAUUGCACAAAUCACCUUUUAGUUUUUUGUUAAUUCAUUAAUAUUUUGUCCCUUGGCUCAAACAAAACUUUUCAAUAUUUCGAUUAAUUGAUUAAGUAAAAGUAGUGUGUGCAAUAGGGCCCGGCACCUAUAAAAUUUAAGAAACUGUAAGAGUAAUUGUUCAUUUCAUUUAAAAAUAUAAAAAUUAUUCUAUUUUGGCCUCGAAUUUGUUAAUUAAUAAUAAUAUUAAGCAGCAUUUUACUCUCACUAUUCUUACACUCAAACAAAAUUAAAAAUAAA